AUGUAUUGUAGAGAGCAUUUUUGCAGUUAUCCGGAUUCGGUGUGCGUCAUGCGCAUGACGGCCUCCCAGCCGAAAUCGAUCAACAUCAAAGUGUCGCUCAACUCCUUCCACGCCCAAGGGCUUGAGUACACGAACAUUCACAACCGACUCGGCAUGCGUGCUCGACUGGCGUCCAACAAUAUGACUGUCGAAGGACAAGUGGCCGUCAAACCUGAGGGCGCCACGGGCGUUUCGAUGUCGAAUAACCGUCAAGUGGUCGCGCUGAGUUUCGACGCUGUUGUAUUAUAUUACACCAUCGGCACUGGUUGGACUGCAAGCGCGUACCCGAAUUUUGAAGACUCGGAUCCGCACAUCCGACUCGCUAGCAUCGUUGAUAAGGCAACGACGAUGUUUUAUGUGGACCAGAUUCAAAAGCAUGUGCAGGAUUACCAGAGCUUGUUUCUGGGGUUCGCUUUGGAUCUGGGUCAACCAGAGAACGCAUUGGCGACAGACGAGCUAAUUAAGGCGAGCCGUAAGGGUAAAGCAGGAGAUGAGGAGAGUUACCUGGAAGCGCUGAUGGUGCAGUACGGGCGUUACCUGCUCAUAGCGUCCUCACGACCGGGAUCCUUGCCGAUAAGCGGGCGUAAUGUGUGGAGGAUGGAUGCCGAUGCGGACGAAGAUUCUCCAAGCGAUGGGUACAAGAUGAACAUCGAUCUGCAGAUGAAUUACUGGCUGGCGGAGGGCACCGGAUUGGGCGAGACCGUGACCCCUCUGGUCGACUUCAUGGAGAAUCUCUUGCUUCCGCGUGGCCAAGAUACAGCAAAGCUACACCACGGCGCCCGCGGAUGGACUGCGUACACGUACUCGAACAUCUGGGCGCACACUGGGCCGACUGCACAACCAAAGUCGUUCUACUUCCCAGCAGCGAGCGCUUGGCUGUGUCAGCAUGUCUGGGAUCGGUACCUCUAUGGGCAGGACUAUUACUAUCUGCGAGAUCACGCCUAUAAGCUGAUGAAGGGCGCAUCGCAGUUCUGGCUGGAUUCGCUGGUUCAGUAUCAGGGCAAUCUAACGUUCUUGACCUCGCCUUCGUAUUCUCCAGAACAUGGGCCGUUUACGGUGGGGUCGGCGCUUGAUCAGCAAUUGAUUUGGCAGUUGUUUAACGCGACACUCGAGGCGAUUUCGAUUGUGGGUGAGCGUGAUAAAGUUUUUAUUCAGAAUCUGACGAGUACGCUUGCGGAUCUAUCGCCGGGUCUAAAAAUCGGUGCCUGGGGCCAGCUUCAAGAGUGGAAUCUGGAUCUGGAUGAUCCAAACGAAGCGCAUCGACACUUGGCGCCGUUCUGGGCGGUAUAUCCGGGGCAUCAGAUUUUCUUGCUCAGAAACGAGACGGAAGUUGGUCGGGAUGAGCUGUUGGAAGCUGCACGGAUGACACUUUCGAGGCGAGACUUUGGAUUGGCGGAGGAAGACCUGGGUUGGCCCAAGAGCUGGCGCGCAGCUGCAUGGGCGCGUCUGGGUGAUGGGGCCAAGGCGUACAAUGCACUUGACUUGUUUAAGCGGUAUAGCAUUAAGUACCCGAACUUGCUCGAUUUUAAAGAAGGACUUUCAGGACAGCUAGGUAUGGGAGCAGCGAUUGUGGAGAUGUUGAUCCAGAGUCGAGCACCGGGUUUUGUCGAUAUCCUGCCAGGUGCAGAGACUGGGCUUCCGGAUCGGUGGUUGAAGAAGGGAGGUGUGCAGGGGUUCAGGACGCGUGAGGGUCAUAAUGUUACGGCGACAUGGGAGAAUGCGAAGGUGCGGAGGGUCGAGGUCUUGACAUUGUUGAAGGCUGCGGUCCUGAACGUGAGGAUCGCGACGAUGGGGGGCGAGGAGAAGACGCCGGCUGAGAAGGUUCAUGUGUCGAUCAAGGGGUCGACCAAGCCGGCGGUGUUUGCGCGCGAGGAAGACUCGAUUGUGCUGACGAUGGCCAAGGGCCAGACAUAUCUGAUUCAAAUCGAUGAAUGA